AUGAGUAGAUCGCAAGAAAAUUCGGCCCUUUUAUCGACAAAAGUACACAGUAUAGAGGCGAAGACGGGCAGUACGCGGCAACAGUUCGCCCAUGAGGUAUCAACAACAAAUGCAAUCUUUCGUCCGUCGAAGGUCUUUCCGUCGUUGUCGACACAGGAAAACAGUUCGAAAGCUGCAUCUUAUUCCUCAGCAGAAGCAGGACUUGGUAGGAAUCCAGAACAGUUUAUCCCGCAACUACAAGCUCACUAUUAUCCGCCAACAGUCCCGACUGCGGGUAAGUCUCGUAGUUUUCUUCGUUUGUUCAAUUAUUUAUUGUAUGAGUUCGUGCAAACCUAAGGCGGCAAACGGCUUUUAUUAUUUUUCUGAGUGUGCACUCGUGAGGAACAUAACAACAACCACCACGGUUUGGCGUUUCAGUAAUUUUUCGUGCAUGAUCGAAGGGGCGAAUUUAGGAUUAUUCCAUCGAUAGACUUAGCAGUCUACGUAAUCGACAUUCAAAACGUUUUACCAUGCAUGGCUUGUUACCUUGGCUGAUAUUAGCUCGGUUGCAACGGCGCACAAAUAACAACUAUAAAUUUGAUUUUUCUGAAUUAUAAAACCAGCGGGUGUACGGAAUUUUCGGGAUAGUAGCAGUUUCAAAGUGUUCUGUGUGUCCUUGCUUGUCGCAAGUUGAAACGACUCUAUGUGGAAUCUGGACUUGAGAUAUGUUAGGCGAGUCAAGUUACGACCCUAGCAAUUCUUUCGUAUAGAGUUAUUCUUACCUCGUGAGGUAUACGUGACUAAACUCAACCUUAAAUUGGAUGGCUAAAAAAUAACAUUUACGGCUAGCACAUUUGCUGUACAAUAAUGCAUGGUUGAUUCUGUCCAUAAAUUUCUAUUUCGAGUUUUCGAACAUGAAAUCGCAAAGGGUGAUUCCUUUCAGUUGCAGAUCUCGCUCUCACAUACACUGAUUUUUGCGCCGUGUAGUGUGCAUUAAAUGCAAAGUCAUGCUUGACGGAGGCCCUUCCUUGCAAAAGCAAGCGAUAAGAAACCUAGUAAUGCUCCUCUUAGUUUUGUUAAUAAAUUUUUGUCGAAGGAUGUAUAAACUUUGUCUGCCUGUCUCGUUUACCGCGUCAAGCAUUUGAAGUGUUAUACAUUGCGACAAUAUCUACCCUCAUGUGUUGCUACAAAGUGCAGAAUUUUGAAUUUUCCCAUUCUUACAAAGCGUGGGCGAGCAAAAUAAAAAUACUAAAAACAGUCCAAAACGUUUUCUGUUCCGAACGCGAUCUCUUUCAAUCAGAGAAAUCGUUACCCCCUUAAUCGUCUUUGGCGUGGCUGUUCGUUGUCAAUUCACUUCCUCAAAGGCGUCGACGAAAUUGAGUUGCAACAACCGCGGAAAGGAAAGGAUCUUUUAAACUAACCUGCCAAAGGCUACUAUUAUGCUUAUUUAUUACAGGAAAAUUAGCAAUGUGUGGAUUUUACCGAUAAAAUACAGUCUGCUGGAUUUUGAUGCCAUUGCCUUCGCGCGAAAUUAGAGACGCCACACGCGAUCUGGUGAUAUAGAGCGCGUGAUGUAGACUGCAUAUGAGAGAUAUUCUUUCUUAGAGCCUUUGAUAUUUCAUGCCACUUUGUUUAUGUAAAAACCUUCAGUUUGCCUGCUCUGUUUUGAUUUGUGUUGCGGUUUUUUUACGAAAUUUGUAAUGUUUAAGUUACUGCUUAAUGCGCCUUUGUGUUUUUGCUGGGAGAUAGAUAGCUUCUCUUGUCCGUGACUCCGCCGUGUGUGUUUGCGGAAAAUACUGUGCUUUGCUUUAUCUCGUGAAAUACUGACUGUUUCCCUAUUUAUGUAUGUAUGUAUGUAUGUAUGUUACCACGGAUUGACAAAAAUCUCGACACAGGCUAAGACCCUGCUAAAGUAGCGUUCGAUGAUGUUGUACGUGCUCAGUACAAUUCGAGAGAGACGUUUCAGCGGGACGAACGAUCAUUUCUUGAAAGGUUCUCGGAUGUUCUUAUAUCUGCUCUACGGUUAUUUGAUAUUUUGUUAACUUAGAUAAUUUUCCUUUGCCACUGUCUCAACACUCAGGGAAAAUUAACGAUCUGUUAAAAAGUCGGCUGGUACGAAGUAAAACAGCGCUUGUGGGCAGGUCGCGAAAUGCUGUGCAUUCAACCUUCGUUGGCGUGGAAUAAUUGAGCGCGAAUAAUAUAAGUGUGCUGGUGACGACCUUAACUUUUUGCUAGGUAACCGCAGCAGUCACUCGCAUAAACUAUAAUCUUCUCGAGGAUUUAAGAUCGAAACAGAAAACGAGUCCAGGAUCGUCUCCUCAGAAAUUGUUUCAAAAAGAAAAUAUAUUCUUUUAAAGUGAAUUCUGAUUUUCCCAGGCUGAAGUCACAAGUGCAUCUGUUUAGUGUAUAUGUAGGUGCGAAACCACUUUUUAGUGAGCAAGGUGCCGUUUAUUUUGUAAAACAAUUUUGAUAAUUUUGGUUGAGUUGUCCUCCGAGUUACGUAUAGCGUGGUCACUUUACUCCCUAGCCCUCGUAAUACAAAACCUAGGCAUUUUCAAUUUACUCAUAUAACCAUAACAAAUACCAGACGUUAGAAUGUUGACAUCCGUUUGAAUUGAGUUGUGUCGAUGGGCACCCGUGAAUAGAAUAAAUUGCUUUCAGUUUAGCCAACUUUCUUGGGGUAGACUUGGGUAGAGUGACUUUUACCACAAAGGUGCGCUUCCACGAAAAACGCAUUCCAAGUAGCCGAAGCCUACCGGUUCCAUGGUUUGUUUUAUCGAAGUUACUCAUCGUGUCGCUGUUUCCAUUGUAAUUAAGAUCAGUCCUCGCGCAUCCUUAAGCAGAACGCGCAUUGUCACUGUGUGUUUAAUGUAUAAAUAGAACGUAAGUUCUUAUUGGAAUGCAAAUUCACGCCACUUGCCAGAUCGGCUGUCGAGUUUUAGCUUGUUUACAUUAUUUGGAGCUGUAAAAGAUCCCCGCUCUUUCUCGAAGACUUAAACACAGAGACGAUUUCUGUGGCUGUAGAUAUUUCCAAGCAUGAUAGCAAUGCCAGAAAAAAUUCCUCAAUGGAUUGAUACUGAAAGUCUGAAAUGCGCUUAAAGCCCAUUUAAAAUGUUACGUCAUACCAAUCUUUUAUGAACUAUGAUCUCCAUCUAAACUACAAGAGACCUUUGUUUGAAUUUGUUUGGAAAACACAAUUUCAGGGUUUUUUUCCGGGUCUUCUGAUCCUACUUUAUUACUAUAAACGUGCUUGAAACACGUUUUUAAAUGUAAAAGCCUUAUAUAAUGAAGAACGUAUUUCCAGCUGAACGGACGCUAACCUCGGCAACAUCUUUUAGAGCAGCUGGGAUAUGAGAGGCUGCAUUUCCUUUGCAGUUGAACUGAGGUUUUCCUUUUGGCAAAGUGCCCUUUGAACGGCUUUUCACGGAACGGAAGAUAAAUUAACUGUCUGUGGAUAAGGAACAUUCGAAAGAAAAACAAAAAAACAGCUUUUUUUUCUGGGAACCGCGACGAAAGCGAAAAGCACAUGCCCACGUGCCUCUUGUAUAUCAGCUAUCAGUUAAUGAGUUAGAUUUCAAAUUUGACAGCUUUAAGAAAAUUAUAUUUUAAAAGGUCUGAAAGCAAACAGAGCAGAAACGUACAGUUCAAAAGCUUGCAACUGAAAGGUUGUAGUCAUCGUUGAAAAAACACCUCAUUGAAGACAUUAUCAGUACUUGUUGUAGAGAGCCAACCUCGAGAGAGGGAUAGAGAAUUGUGUAAACCACCUCGAAAAUCUUAAUUCAUACUCCAUUCAAAAACGUAAUUGUGCCCAAUUGCUUUUAUUCGGGAAAGUCUCGUUUGUUUUUUUCUGUCUAAAACGUCGAAGCAGGAGCCGCCUUUUGGAGCAUUGAAAACGUAACGCUUCUGAAAACAUGGUGUUUUCAUUUACUCGUCUUGUCUUUCACUUAUAGACUUAUUCAGAAUUCAAAACUACAAGAUCUCAGAUAAAACGUUAAAGCGCCCUUUUCAUCCUGAUUUAAAUCGAGUUUUCCCAUGGAUUCUCAAGGCACUUUCAAUUGCCGUAGUUUCUAACGAUUGUUCCCUGGCUUGCUUACUUAGAAAACAAACUACUAAAUUAGCUAGGAAAAAUUAAAAAGAGUAUUAUUGGUACUCCAUGGUUCUUUUUAUCGAUUAAGUUCGAUCUUAUACAAAACCUUUAGUUGAUCAGAAACACGUUUGUGCUUAUUUGCACUCGCCGCUAUAUUGGAUGAAAACCGUAAUCUUCAAAAACAACUAGUGCCUAUGGGGAUAUUUCUAAGAGUGGAGACGAGAUAUGAAGUCACUGGACGUACGCUUAUUUCCAUGAGUAAAUUAUUAUAGUAAACUGUACUUUUCUUUCCCUUGACGUUUCCGUUUAACUAUUAACCUAGAUUAGUCACCAGAACUCACGAUGUAUUUUUUUACAUAGAGGAUUCGGUAGAUAUCUUAUCUACGAAAAACUUUUUUCAUACGACAUGCAGCUCUGUUUAAUAUCGUUUGUUGUGGUUUUGAAUAAUCGGCGAUCAUUAAGACCCUUUUCACUGACCGAGAAAACACCACCGUAUAUUUGUUUCCGUAGUACGUAUUUUUAGAAACUUUUUGUUCUUUGAACGUCAACCACAGUUUGUCCGUUAUAGUUUUCUGGAAGAGGUGUAUAGGCAAGACAAAAUGUAAUAUUCACUAUUUGUGAAAUGCAUCAUGCGAUAUUAUUGCCUUGUCAAUGGCUGUUCACAUUUCCCAGAGAUCGCGCGUUCAAAGAUUUUUCAAUCUUGCAUGUUGUCACUGAGCCUUAAAACGAAAAUGGCAGCGCAAAAAGUUGAUAAAGAUGUUAUUAAAACUGUUAUUAAAAUGAAAUAAGCUUUGACAAAUGCAAAAUGCAACCGUUUAUUAAAGGUUAUGUUUCGCGUUAUUCAGUGGCGUGUCGAGUCUUGCGCGCGUGUUAGUUAAAGCUUUCUAAACUUGAGUUUCGUAAGGUGCUGAUCGCAAGUUCAGUAUUUUGCCUCUCUGGUCUAUUGACAGGACGAGACCUGCAGGUACCCGGCCGCCAAUUGUGUGAAAAGUGUUUUCGAUAUCCAUGCAAGACGAUGUCAUAAGCAUUAAUUUGUUCCAAAUAACACGUGCUAAAUAAAGGUUUCCAUUUGCCCUCGAAAUACUGAACUCAGACUUCGAACGUAAAUUGUCGUCUGCGAAUAUAGGGCAAGUUUGUGUUGCACAGCGAAAAAAGUUGUCAACGUCAGAUCUUGUUUACAACACACAAUAAAGACUAAAAGUGCCUGAGCAAAAAAUUUGAAUAAAGGAAAAGAUUUACAUAAUAAUUAUCAAACCACUAUGGAGUGCUCCCGCUGUAUUCCGUAGCUUAUUUGCGCGUUUCGCACUUUUUUAUGUGUAUAUGUUAAGUGGCGUUCAAAAGACUUGACCCCUUUAUCCGUAAGAAACAUGUGUCUUCGCGGUUUCCUCAAAUUUUGAUUAAUGUGGACAUCGCGAGGACUUUAAUCGUGACAGAACAGAGGUAGUAGAUUGUUCUUGAAGCUGUGUUCAAGCAGGUAAGUUUAAAGUCGUACGCAUAUGUCAGCUACAAGCUCCAUCAAAACAAUGAUUUUUUGUUGCGUUUAUAGCCGGUUCCUUUUUUAACGGUGCAUGGAGAGUUUGUACUAAACUAGGUUGAAACUACUGAAUGUGGAAUUGAGCUUUUGUACUUUGUUAAAGAUUCGGUAAAAUUCUCGUCGGGAAUCUAUUUCACAUAAUGUUUAUUUGGACUGCCUCAUGUCGGAAUAAGUUAUUCCGCUGCGUGUUUCUCGAGACAAUUAUUUUGAAAAUGUGAAGGCCUUUUAUCGGUGAAAAAGCUAUCGGGUGCUUAAAUGGUGCAUAGACGAAAUAUUUUUCACUCAGGCGUCGAGUGUACUCUGUCUUGGUGAGUAUUUCAGGCCUAUUCUUAAUAUUCGAUAACCUGACAGAUAAGUCGACAUGCUACCAACUGAAUAUUUCCAGUCGAAGAUUUUUCCUUAGUUUUUCACCUCAUUAUUUUUGUCAUUAAGAUUUUCCUCAGUUUGUCCGUAUUUACUUGUAACUGCCGCCGACCGAUAUUUGUACAUCUUCAUUUAAUAAAGUCAGCUUGCUUUCUUGCUUUUUCCUUUUACGAAUAUUUAAGUCGAUAUGUGUUUUUGUGUACAAAAAUAGAUAAAACGUUAAUGCUUCUUCGUACAAAUCCGGAACCUUUCUGUCCUGUAUACGUAAAGCGGAAUUCUAUUUUAAUAUCGGGCUUUAAUUUAACCUUACUGAUUGCAAAUGUGUCUCCAUGAGGUUUUGCAAAAUAACACUUUUUCGAUAAAUUCUACCAAGAAUCUAAGAUUUUUCUUUAGACCUACUAAAAAGCGUUUUUAAAACAUGAUGAACGUUUGUUUGGUUGCAAUGACGCUUUGCCUGUAUAAAUCACGAAAUCUGAUUUUUAAUAUGCCUUGCUAAUCGGUUUUUGUAGCUAUCGCUACGAACUCAUUUUGUCUGACUGUUUUGAAUAAAACAUUGACUUGUAUUAUUCUUUUAACAUCAGUCCAUAACCACUUCCAAGGAACAUUUAGUUUUGUACUCUUUUUUCAAUAUAAUCCAAAGAUUUAAAGCGGGGAAACAAACACAGUUUCUUUUUUCCUGAAAACAUUUUUUAGCUUGCCCUUUCAAUGCGUCAAGGUUUGAUUUGCGUGUCAUUUCUCUCAUAAUUCAGUGUUCCUAAUAGUGUCUAUUUAUAUUCCGCAAGAAAGUGAAAAAAAUUAAAACGAUCAUUUUUUUUUUUAUCGCGUUUAUCGCUCUGCGAAGUCGCUGUGAUAAAUAUGUUAUAUCUGGAUUUUCUGUUUAUACGUGUUACCAAAACAAAUCGUCCGCGUAAUUGCUUUGUGGCAUUUUCAACUGACGUCGAGACCGAAUUUUGUUGCACAGGCCAUGUUCCCAAAUUAUUUUCCGAACAGUUUAAAUCUCUGAGUAGCUGGAUAUAUCGUCCAUAUAAAGAAAAAGGAGAGAAAGCCGUCGCUCAGAGUGGAAAAGUUCCCGAUUAUCGCUUUUAAAUGUUUAGGGGCGCUGAAUUUUCGCAAACUAAAGAUAAAAUUAUUAACGCGUGGGAAAUACUAUUUCCUUGUAUUUCCCUUCUCUGUAAAAACGUUUGAAGGGAAAAAAACCUCUAAGGCGACCAUUACGUAUCAUGAACUUGUAAUAUCCCUGGAAUUCAGGGAGAAAAUUAACUUUUGUUUUCAUUCCAAGGUUAUUGUUACAAAUCUUUAUCCCAGUUCUAUUCAGUUCAGUUCAUUUAUUUUGCAAAAGUAAAAUACAAAAUAUUUGAUUAAAUACAAAAAUAAUGAACUGGCAAAAAACUCUGUGGUGCCUCCUUACUAAGAGCCGAAUGUAUAUGAAUGAGAAAAUAACGCUUUCUCUCCUAUCGCGCAAAUUUAAGUGAAACUUUAAGUGAUGUUGAAUUCAGGGAAGUUUAAAGCUUUUGCAAUACUUUUCUGGAUGAGAAAA